CCGCUCUGACCCGGAUCCAUAACAACAGCUGGAAACGGCUAGUCGGUUAGCGGAUUAGCUUCGUGAUUCAGGCUGUCAAUUUACCGCCGCGCAGCGUUUCACCUGUGGCAGAAGAGGGUGGCAGCUGAACGGGCUGUUAUAGCUGACACACCGAGAGACGACAUGAAGACGGUUAAACUGCGUUCAGGCUGAAGUUCGAUACCUUAGCGGCCGUCAGCAGCAUCACUAGAACGGAAGGGACGUCGAUUACUGCUAGCCUGCUAAAGCUAACACAACGACGACGACAACAAUAACAACAACAACAGUCCUGUCAGCAGCAGCUGCCGUCACUACAUCAACUGACGUUUGUUGAGGCGUGAUGGGGAAUCAGCUGGCUGGCAUCGCCCCCUCUCAGAUCCUCUCUGUGGACAGUUACUUCUCAGACAUCCACGACCAUGAGUACGAUAAGAGCCUGGGCAGCACUCGCUUCUUCAAGGUGGCCCGGGCCAAACACCGGGAGGGCCUGGUGGUGGUCAAAGUCUUCGCCAUCCAGGACCCAUCGCUGCCCCUGACCAGCUACAAACAGGAGCUGGAGGAGCUGAAGAUCCGGCUGCACUCCUGCCAGAACUGCCUGCCCUUCCAGAAAACCUCCCUGACGGAGAAAGCAGCCAUCUUGUUCCGCCAGUAUGUCAGGGACAAUCUGUACGACCGCAUCAGCACCCGGCCGUUCCUCAACAAUGUGGAGAAGCGCUGGCUGGCCUUCCAGAUCCUUAACGCUGUCGACCAGGCGCACAAAGCCGGCGUCCGCCACGGAGACAUCAAGACAGAGAAUGUGAUGGUGACCAGCUGGAACUGGGUGCUGCUCACAGACUUUGCCAGCUUCAAGCCCACGUACCUGCCGGAGGACAACCCCGCGGACUUCAACUACUUCUUUGACACGUCCAGACGGAGAACGUGCUACAUCGCACCGGAGAGGUUUGUGGAUGGAAGUAUGUUUGCCACAGAGAGCGACCAGAAUACACCGCUGGUGGACCUGACCAAUAACAACCAGAGGAGCCGAGGGGAGCUCAGACAGGCCAUGGACAUCUUCUCUGCAGGCUGUGUGAUAGCAGAGCUGUUUACUGAGGGCGUCCCGCUCUUCGAUCUGUCCCAGCUGUUGGCGUAUCGCAAAGGACAUUUCCAGACGGAGCAGGUCCUCAUGAAGAUCGAGGACCGGAGCAUCCGAGAGCUGGUGGCUCAGAUGGUGCAGCGGGAGCCUGAGAAGCGUCUGACAGCAGAGGAGUAUCUGAAGCAGCAGAGAGGGAAAGCCUUCCCUGAUAUCUUCUACACCUUCCUGCAGCCGUACAUGGCUCAGUUCGCCAAAGAGACCUUCCAGUCCGCAGAUGAGCGAGUGCUCGUCAUCCGCAAAGACCUUGACAACAUCCUGCACAACCUGCGAGGAGGCUCCUCCUCCUCGUCUUCGUCCCAGGAAAGCAGCGAGGGUGUGCUGAGCUCCAGGGAGGAGCAGGGCCUCAUCGUCUUGGUGUCUGUCAUCACCUCCUGCCUGCAGACACUGCACUCCUGUGACUCCAAACUGGCGGCUCUGGAGCUCAUCCUCCACCUGGCUCCCCGGCUCGGCGUCGACAUCCUGCUGGACCGCAUCACGCCCUACCUGCUGCACUUCUGUAACGACCCUAUGCCUCGUGUACGCGCUCAGGCCGUGCGAACUCUGGCCAAAGUGCUGGCUCUGGUGAAGGAGGUGCCGAGGAACGACGUCAACAUCUACCCGGAGUACGUCCUGCCGGGCAUCGCCCACCUCGCCCAGGACGACGCCACCAUCGUCAGGCUGGCAUACGCAGAGAACAUAGCUCAUCUGGCAGAGAGCGCGCUGCGUUUCUUGGAGUUGGUUCAGGAAAACAACGUGAACACAGAGCAGGACCUGAGUGGUGAGGACACAGAGGAAACACUUCACCCCAACGAAAACUACGACUCAGAGCUGCAGGCGCUGCAUGAGAUGGUGCAACAGAAGGUGGUGACACUGCUGAGCGACUCCGAGAACAUCGUCAAGCAGUCGCUGAUGGAGAACGGCAUCACGCGUCUCUGCGUCUUCUUCGGCCGACAGAAAGCCAACGACGUUCUGCUGUCUCACAUGAUCACCUUCCUCAAUGACAAGAACGACUGGCAUCUCCGGGGAGCCUUCUUCGACAGCAUCGUGGGCGUGGCUGCGUACGUGGGCUGGCAGAGCUCCUCCAUCCUGAAGCCUCUCCUGCAGCAGGGUUUGAGUGACACCGAGGAGUUUGUCAUCUAUAAAGCUCUCAAUGCUCUCACCUGUAUGUGUCAGCUGGGCCUGCUGCAGAAACCUCAUAUCUACGAGUUUGUCAAUGAUAUUGCUCCGUUCCUGUGUCACCCGAACCUGUGGAUCCGUUACGGGGCGGUGGGCUUCAUCACUGUGGUCGCUCAGCACCUCAACGUGGCCGACGUCUACUGCAAACUGAUGCCCCACCUCAACCCCUUCAUCACCCAACCCAUCAUCCAAAUCGAUAAGGAGUUGGUCCUCCUGAGUGUCCUGAAGGAGCCGGUGAGUCGCUCCAUCUUCGACUACGCCCUGCGCUCGAAAGACAUCGCCAGCCUCUUUCGACACCUGUUGCUUCGACAGAAGAAGCGUGCUGGCUCUAUCCCAGAAUGCCCCACUCCCGAGGACCCGGCCAUCGCUCAGCUCCUCAAGAAGCUGCUCUCACAGGGGAUGACUGAAGCGGAGGAGGACAAGCUGCUGGCGCUCAAAGACUUCAUGCUGAAAUCCAACAAAGCCAAAGCCAACAUGGGCGAGCAGAGCCACCUGGGUGAGGCGGCUCAGACCGGGGUCAUUGACCUGGCCCUGCUCGGCAUCACUGGCCGCCAAGUCGACCUGGUCAAACCCAAGGCAGAGGCCGAGGACAAGAGAGAAUGCAUCGCUGCAGCAUCCGCGAGGAAGCACACGAAGCAGGACUCGACCAUGAAUGAGGAGUGGAAGAGCAUGUUUGGAUCUCAGGAGCCACCCUCCGCUCAGCCCACCACGGCUGCUGACGGGCCAACGAGUCAGAUCAGGAAGAGCGCCGUGGCCCCGGCGGUGCCCGUGCUGCAGUCGGUGGUGAGCGGCCCCGCCUACCAGCGCCGCAUCAACACCUGCAAGGCGGAGCUGCAGCAGCUGGUGCAGCAGAAGAGGGAGCAGUGCAGCGCUGAGCGCAUGGCCAAGCAGAUGAUGGAGAGCGCGGAGUGGGAGAGUCGACCUCCUCCACCUGGGUGGCACCCUAAAGGGCUGCUGGUCGCCCAUCUCCACGAACACAAAGCUGCUGUGAACCGAAUCCGAGUCUCUGAUGAACACUCCAUCUUUGCCACGGCGUCCAACGAUGGCACCGUCAAAGUCUGGGACAGUCAGAAGAUGGAGGGCAAGACCACGACCACCAGAUCCGUGUUGACUUAUUCUCGUAUCGGAGGCCAUGUGAAGACAUUGACCUUCUGUCAGGGGUCACAUUACUUAGCUGUGGCCUCAGACAACGGAUCCAUCCAGCUGCUGGCUGUCGAAGCAAAUAAGCCACCAAAAUCCCCCAAAGUUCAGCCCUUUCAGACCAGGUCUCUGGACCUGCAGGAGGACGGCUGUGCGGUCGACGUCCACCAUUUUAACUCGGGCGCUCAGUCGGUGCUGGCAUACGCCACCGUCAAUGGCUCGCUGGUCGGCUGGGACCUUCGCUCCAACUCCAAUGCCUGGACGCUCCGCCACGACCUCCGCCUCGGACUCAUCACCUCCUUCACGGUGGACAUGCACCAGUGCUGGCUCUGUCUAGGUACGAGCAGCGGCACCAUGGCCUGCUGGGAUAUGCGGUUCCAACUCCCCAUUUCAAACCACUCCCACCCCGCUCGAGCACGAAUCAGACGGCUGCUCAUGCAUCCGCUCUACCAAUCAUCUGUCAUUGCAGCUGUCCAGGGGAAUAAUGAAGUGUCGAUGUGGGACAUGGAGACCGGCGAUCGUAAAUUCACUCUGUGGGCAAGCUCUGCGCCUCCCCUCUCUGAGAUGCAGCCGUCUCCUCACAGUGUUCAUGGGAUCUACUGCAGUCCUGCUGACGGGAACCCUCUGCUCCUGACGGCCGGCUCCGACAUGAGAAUCAGGUUCUGGGACCUGGCGUAUCCAGAGAGGUCAUACAUCGUGGCUGGAGGAGCCAAUGACUCGCUUCACUGCCCGUCCGUUCUCUACAGCAGGAAGAUCAUUGAAGGCACCGAAGUGGUACAGGAGAUCCACAGCAAACAGAAGAGCGGUGUGGUGGAGGACUCUCCUCGCCGCGGCCCAGAGUCCCUCCCUGUGGGACACCACGACAUCAUCACUGACAUCGCCACCUUUCAGACCACGCAGGGCUUCAUCGUCACCUCGUCCAGAGACGGCAUCGUCAAAGUCUGGAAGUGAGGCCGAGCGGCGGCAGAAAAUUACACCAAAUCAGUAAAAAAAAACACACACACGGGGGAAACGCAUGUAGGGUGCGUGUUUGGGGACAAGUGCUCCUUCUUUGUCUUUUAAUUAUCUUCUGUUCUCUCACAGAAACAUGGUGUAUACAUCCUGUCAAGUGGUUUCUAUUCUGUGAUGGUUUGAGACAGGGAAAAGAGGAAAUAAUGUCCUGUGUGCAGCCACCUCCAUUCGUUCAUUCACGUCCACCUUCAUAUUUAUCAUUUUUUACUGUAGCUGAUGAACCUCCACACAAGCAGAGUGGCUUCUCGUGCUUCAAGCUCUCGCAUCUGCACAGCCUGGCAGAUGAACAUUUGUGAUCAGACCUGGCCCCUCGUUACCAUUUGGUGCACUUAAUAUACCACGCUGGCCCGACUGUAAGGCAGUACUUUUUUUCCUGAAAAUUAGGUUUGAAAAAGUGGAGGUCAACAUUCGAGGACGAGGCAAUUACGUGUUGAUCAGAUUUUCUUUUUGAAUGGAGAGAGUACCGCUGUAACACGGGUCUUCGAGCAAAAAUAGUGAAAAACAUAAGCCACAUUCUCUGGCUCCAGCUUCUCAAAUGAGCGGAUUUGCUUCUUUCCUCUGUCACAUGCACCAAUCAGCCACAACAGGAACCCCGCUGUUAAUUGGAAAUGUAGGAUCUAGAGUUUACGAAGUUUGACCUGUACUAGAGACUCAAAGUCCGGAUGUUAUAUUUUGACCAUUAUUCUUUAAUCUGGCGUGCGUGCUUGAUGGAAGUGUACUACCAAAUCACUGCAGUUCAGUCUGCAGCUGCAAAAAGCAACACCACUUGAUGAGUUCCAGCACGGUUUUUAUGCCAAAACAGUCUGUUUACCCUGUAAAAGGAUGUCAAGAUAACACAGUGUCGUGUUUAUCAGCCACAACGUGAAAUAUAUCCAUGUUUCUGAGUCUGAAAUCAAAACCAAACUUUGUUAAAAUGAGCGGUUCUCUGUGACUUUAUGCUUUUGUGAGGGAAUGAAUUGAGGAGGAACUGAGUCAUUUCAGGCUACCAAUUAUUAAUUGAAGGAAUGAAAUAAGUCAAGUGAGUGAGCAAAUUAGUAAUUUGAGAAAAAGGCUUCUAACUUGACCUGACACCAGGUUCUGUACAUUCAGUAUCUCUGUCUUUGGGUUUUGAGUAGCUGCCAAAACUGCUUGAAAAACCACAGCUACAAGAUACAUAUUCAAUUUUAUAUAUUAAAAAACACUCGUUUGUCCCGAUUUUGUAGAUUUCAAGCAGACCAAAAUCCUAUGAUUAAAAAAUAUGUAGGAUCGCCAUGUAAACAAGAACUGAGUCACCUUAUAUCCGUAUGAAAAUUUGAUCAUUUUAUCCAUUAUAUGAAGAGACAAUAAAUGACCAACCUACAUCUGAUUCUGCACAACAGUGGAGUUUGCUUUAAAACACGGUGGAUGUUUUUACCGUGAGAACUUUUUCUUUCCCCAGAAAAACUGUUUAUUGGCGGGUGAGCCAACAAGUAACAUUUACCCGUACAAAUGCACUCUCCUUUCUUUCAGUCUACAACAGUAGAUUUUGUACAUAAGUUAUUUUAAAUGUCUGUAAUAUAACAUUUGAUCAGAAAUUUUGUUGCUGUAGAAAUGCUACUAACCACAGAUGAACCGUGUGACCUGCAUUUCAGUGUUUGUCCAUCUGAUGAAUAAAAUCUGGCGUUUG